UUGCUUCCCUAGCUGCACGUUUCCUCUUAUCUGGAGAUGUAUUACGUAUUUUUAACUUAUAUCAGGGAUUAAUACUUAACUAAACUACUCAAGUAGUUAGUUAUUCUACCAGGACUAUGCGUAGGCACUACUCUAAUAAAUAUUGACCUUAUAGCAUAGCUCCUUUUUAACUUAUUCCUGUAACUUAGCUAAAACAAACACCAUUUACUUGCUACAUUGAUAGUAUUUAAAACUUGUAAACACUAUGGCAUCAGAUGGGGCGCCUUGCACAGAGUUCAUGGAUUUGGAACUUGAUACUUCCACGUCUACACGAUUAAAACUGGAGAGCCAACUUUCUGUCACCCUCAGAAAAUACUACAGCUUCUGCAGGAGGAAGACUUUUGCUGCUUUUGUGGCCUCCAAGAGGAAAGACAGUCAGAAGGAAGGACUUGCAUCUUGGUGCUGUUGUGGCCAGAACUUCAGUGAACAUUCUGCUAUUCACAAACAUGUGGCAAGGACUCAUGAUACUGAAAUACAGCAGCUCACACAGUCUGACUAUGAGAGUUUAUUAAACCAACUUGAAGAAGAAGCUGAAACACAACAGCUGAAUGAAAAAGAGCCUGAUCCAGUGGAUAUUUCUUCGUGGAUUCCCAACACAAGUCACAUUUCUGAGGAGCAACUUAAAAGUACAACUCAGGGUCCUGGUAAGGUUCUCCUUUAUUACUGCUACUGUCAAGUACAAGAUCCUCACACCAUCUGUACAUGGCAGAAAACACUGUGUGAGAAGCUCCACCUCACUGGCAAGGUGAGGGUGGCUGCUGAAGGCAUUAAUGGAACAGUCGGCGGAACGAACGUGGCCACUGAGCUCUACAUUGAAGCAAUGUGUUCACAUCCUCUCUUCAAGAUGGAUAAAGAAGACUUUAAGACGAGUGAUGGAGGAGCAGAGUGUUUUUCUGACCUGCGGGUUGGAGUUUAUAAGGAAAUCGUCCCCAUGGGAGUGGAUCCUGGCCUGAUCUCGUACCAACUGGCAGGAACUCAUCUGGAGCCUGAGGAGUUUCAUAAAGAAGUGGAGGCUCUUUUGACUAAAGGGAAUUUAUGUGACGACACCAUCCUGCUUGACUGUCGUAACUUUUAUGAAAGUAAAAUUGGGCAGUUUACUCAAUGUCUGGCUCCAAAUAUCCGUAAAUUCAGCUACUUUCCAGACUACGUUGACCAAAAUAUCGAACUCUUCAGAGACAAGAAGGUCCUCAUGUACUGCACGGGGGGGAUUCGCUGUGAACGUGGUUCUGCAUAUCUUCGAUCAAAAGAUGUUUGUAAAGAGGUUUACCAGCUGAAAGGUGGAAUUCACAAAUAUCUGGAGCGUUUCCCAGAAGGUUUCUAUCGAGGGAAACUUUUCGUGUUCGAUGAGCGUUACGCCAUCUCCUCCAACAAUGACAUCAUCUCAGACUGCAGGUACUGUAGUUCUCCGUGGGACCAGUAUGAGCUCUGUUCCACUCAGUUCUGCUGCCAGCUGGUUCUGUCUUGUCUGAGCUGCCGACAGAACGGACUCACCGCCUGCUGCCCCACCUGUCAAACCAAAGGAAAGACCCACAGCGAGGGGUCACCCACAGCUCCACAGCAUAAAGAAGAGUGUGAAUGCACAGACGGACGCCCCAGAAUCCCACGAGAUGUGUAGCGGAACCAAAGUUAACGGGCAGAUGUUUCUGUCUGUAGACGAUGCUUCACGUCUGGUGAUAUUAAUCAGAAUUUGUGUCCAGUAUAUUUUUAACAUAACAUUUCUAUGUGGGAAAUAUAUCAUGAUGUAUUAAAUAAUUUAAAAUGAACGACAACCAUUGAGCUCAUUUAAAAUGAAAGGGAAAAGUUUUACUCAUGUUUUAUUGUUAAAAAAAAAAAAAGGGUUUAUCAGUUGGAUCUAUGAAUCUUAUGAAACAUUUUUUGUGAAAAUGAAGAAUGUGAUUCUCAUUAGUCUGAAAUCUGAAUUUGAGGUGAGCCUCAGAGAAAUAAAAACUGUUUGAGAUAAAAU